CUCCUUUCGAUUACUAACUCUCGCAUCAACAUUUAGUUAAUAAACAUAUAAUCAAAUCAAUAAUUUAUUUAGAAAUUCUUGUAAACACAGCGAUGUUCAGUUGAAGCAUUUGUAUCCUCCAGCAAUGAAGUUCAUUUGUGUGACUCUGCUGAUUAUUAGUGGAAUUACAGAUUCGAGAUCAGAGCAGUAUGAAGUAGUGGGACCUGCAGAUCCUGUAUUUGUUGUAGCUGGUGAAGAUGUGAUUCUGCCCUGUUCAGUCAAACCCAACAUCAGUGUUGUGGACAUGAGAGUGGAGUGGUAUAGAUCUGAUCUGAAAGACUCACAACCAGUGCAUCUCUAUGAGGAUCAUGAAGACAAAAACACAGAACAGAUUCAGUCCUACAGAGGCAGAACAAAACUGAAUCAUCAAGAACUACAGAGAGGAAACACAUCACUCAAACUCUCAUCAGUCUGAGUCUCUGAUGAAGGACUUUAUAAGUGUUUUAUUCAGUCCAGAUCCUGGUAUGAUGAAGCCACUGUUAAUGUCAAUGUUGAAGCUGUAGGACGUCCUCCAGUGAUCACUGUAGAUGGGUUUGAUCAUUCAGGAGGACUUCAUCUACUGUGUGAAUCUGAAGGUUGGUAUCCUGAACCUGAUCUUGAGUGGCUGAACAGUGAAGGAGUCAGUUUGAGUUCAGAAACUACAGAGACACACAGAAAUGAAGACAGAUUCAGUGUGAAACACACCAUCACUGUACAUCACAGAGACGACAAGAUUCACUGCAGAGUCAAGCUGAGACAUCACGUGCUGGAAACAGAGAUUAUCACCACAAGUAAAAGGUUUAGUUCUUGGAGGACAUCAGUCAUCCUGGUUUCAGUAGCUGCUGUGCUCAGUGUGAUUGCUGGAAUACUGAUAGCUGUGUUUGUUCAUAAAAACAGAGAACGCAUUCAACUACAGGAUGAACACAGUCAACUACUGAAUAAACACAGUCGACUACAGAAUGAACACAGUCAACUACAGGAUGAACACAGUCGAGAACAGAAUGAACACAGUAAACUAAAGAAUGAAAACAGUCAACUACAGGAUGAACACAGUCGAGAACAGAAUGAACACAGUAAACUAAAGAAUGAACACAGUCAACUACAGGAUGAACACAGUCGAGAACAGAAUGAACACAGUCAACUACAGGAUGAACACAGUCGAGAACAGAAUGAACACCGUCAACUAAAGAAUGAAUACAGUCAACUACAGAAUGAACACAGUCAACUACAGAAUGAACACAGUCGAAUAAAGAAUGAACACAGUCAACUACAGGAUGAACACAGUCGAGAACAGAAUGAACACCGUCAACUAAAGAAUGAAUACAGUCAACUACAGAAUGAACACAGUCAACUACAGGAUGAACACAGUCGAGAACAGAAUGAACACCGUCAACUAAAGAAUGAAUACAGUCAACUACAGAAUGAACACAGUCAACUACAGAAUGAACACAGUCAACUACAGAAUGAACACAGUCAACUACAGAAAGAACACAGUCAUCUAAAGAAUGAACUGAGUCAACUACAGAAUGAACACAGUAAGCUAAAGAAUGAACACAGUCAACUACAGAAUAAACACCAUCAAGUACAGAAUGAACACAGUCAACUAAAGAAUGAACACAGUCAACUACAGGAUGAACACAGUCGAGAACAGAAUGAACACAGUAAGCUAAAGAAUGAACACAGUCAACUACAGGAUGAACACAGUCGAGAACAGAAUGAACACCGUCAACUAAAGAAUGAAUACAGUCAACUACAGAAUGAACACAGUCAACUACAGAAUGAACACAGUCAACUACAGAAUGAACACAGUCAUCUAAAGAAUGAACACAGUCAACUAAAGAAUGAACACAGUCGAGUACAGAAUGAACACAGUCGAGUAAAGAAUGAACACAGUCAACUACAGAAUGAACACAGCCAACUAAAGGAUGAACACAGUCGAAUAAAGAAUGAACACAAUCAACUACAGGAUGAACAUAGUCGAGAACAGAAUGAACACAGUCAACUACAGAAUAAACACAGUCAACUACAGAAUGAACAGAGUCAAGUACAGAAUGAACACAGUCAACUACAGGAUGAACACAGUCGAGAACAGAAUGAACACAGUCAACUACAGAAUGAACAGGGUCAAGUACAGAAUGAACAGAGUCAAGUACAGAAUGAACACAGUCAAGUACAGAAUGAACACAGUCAACUACAGGAUGAACACAGUCGAGAACAGAAUGAACACAGUCAACUACAGGAUGAACACAGUCGAGAACAGAAUGAACAGAGUCAACUACAGAAUGAACAGAGUCAAGUACAGAAUGAACAGAGUCAAGUACAGAAUGAACAGAGUCAAGUACAGAAUGAACACAGUCAACUACAGGAUGAACACAGUCGAGAACAGAAUGAACACAGUCAACUACAGGAUGAACACAGUCGAGAACAGAAUGAACACAGUCAACUACAGGAUGAACACAGUCGAGUAAAGAAUGAACACAGUCAACUACAGAAUGAACAGAGUCAAGUACAGAAUGAACAGAGUCAAGUACAGAAUGAACAAAGUCAAGUACAGAAUGAACACAGUCAACUACAGGAUGAACACAGUCGAGAACAGAAUGAACACAGUCAACUACAGGAUGAACACAGUCGAGAACAGAAUGAACACAGUCAACUACAGAAUGAACACAGUCGAGUACAGAAUAAACACAGUCGAGUAAAGAAUGAACACAGUCGAAUAAAGAAUGAACACAAUCAACUACAGGAUGAACAUAGUCGAGAACAGAAUGAACACAGUCAACUACAGAAUGAACAGAGUCAAGUACAGAAUGAACACAGUCAACUACAGGAUGAACACAGUCGAGAACAGAAUGAACACAGUCAACUACAGGAUGAACACAGUCGAGAACAGAAUGAGAAGAGGAGAAUACAACACGCUCUCACAAGAACAUACAAGGUGAAUGUGAUUCUGGAUGCUGAUACGGCUCAUCCACAACUCAUCAUGUCUGAUGAUGGGAAACAAGUGAGAUUUGGA